CCGCCGCCACGAGGGGGAAGGGGAGCAGAGGAGGAGCAUCCACGAGAGGAGAGCGAAGGAGAUUCCCAUUCGCCCCUCAAAUCUCACCAGAAGCGAAGCCGGAGGCGGAGGAGGGAGGAAGGAGAUCGCGAGCAGCCGGAGCCGGAGCCGGAGCCGGAGGCCGAGAAGAUGAAGACGUUCGACCCGUGGCCGGUCUUCUUCCGCCGGGAGUGGAGGCGCAACUGGCCCUUCCUCACGGGGUUCGCCAUCACCGGAUUCCUCAUCACCAAGAUGACGGCCAACUUCACCGAGGAGGACCUCAAGAACUCCAAGUUCGUCCAGGAGCACAAGAGGCACUGACCGACCAGGUGAAGGAGUUGUCCGAAUUUCCUGUGGACAGCCAGUUAUGUUAUGCCGUUUGAAUGAAAAAUUAGCCCCCUCUUUUUCGUUUUUUAAAUCUAAAAAUGCGUGCACUCUAUGCUCCAUUUGUAAUGUAAUAAGAGGCAACUGAAUUGAUUCAACAGCAAUCAGCUUCUGAUUAAGAUACAUAAAGUUUAAUCCGGUUUGCUGACCCGAUUUCUUUUA